AUGGUGGAGCGUAGUGUGAAAUCAGAGCAUGGAGUCGACCUGUUCCUGCCUCCUGGCUUCAGGUUUCAUCCCACAGACGAAGAGGUCAUCACCAGCUAUCUCCUGCAGAAGUUCUUGAACCCUAGCUUCGCGCCGCACGCGAUCGGCGAAGUGGACCUCAACAAGUGCGAGCCAUGGGAUCUCCCAAGCAAGGCGAAGAUGGGGGAGAAGGAGUGGUACUUCUUCUGCCACAAGGACAUGAAAUACCCGACGGGCACGCGCACGAACCGCGCCACCAAGGAGGGCUACUGGAAGGCCACGGGCAAGGACAGGGAGAUCUUCAAGCAGCCUGGGCGUGAGCUGGUGGGGAUGAAGAAGACGCUGGUGUUCUACAUGGGCAGGGCUCCGCGGGGCACCAAGACCAACUGGGUGAUGCACGAGUUCCGCCUUGAGGGCAAGUCCAGGCACACCAACGACUCCAACCUACGCUUCAAUCCCAAGGAUGAAUGGGUCGUGUGCAAGGUGCACCACAAAGGGGGCGAAGAGGCCAGCAGCAAGAAGGCCGCCGCCGGCGAGGAGCACUACUCCUCCGCCGCCGGAACGCCCAACGUCAGCUCCGUCGAGGCCGGUGAAGGCGGCGACGAGUUCCUCGUUGACUCCUUUCUGGAUUACUCCAGCUACUUCAACUCCGCCGCGCCGCCGUACAACGCGGACUGCUGCUAUCCUGUUCACACCACCGCCGCCACCGGAGCUACUACACCGACGACUACUACGAGUAGUUGCUUCGUCGGCCUGCCGACUGACGGCAGCAACUCACAGCACGCGGCGGCCGUGGCCAACUCAGCAGCAGCUGCUGCAACGAACAACAACGACAGCUCCUCAUGGACGAACAUGCUUCGUCACGCGGCAGACCAACAAGCAGCAAUGGGGACGAACUACAGCUUGCACCACCAGGCAAUGGUGGCGAAAGCUCUAGGAGGCGGCGGCGGUGGCGCCUCUCCGAACUUCGGUGCUGGAUUGCCGGGUUCCUCGGUGGCGGCGGCCGGAAUUGCGCAGCAUAGUUCCCAGAAUGUUCUGCUGCAGCAGAGGCUUGCUGGGAACUACGGGGGAAAUUAUGCUGCAGGUUACCAUACAAGCAAGUAA